UAACAUAAUUCCUUGUGGUUUGUUCCUGUAGGUUUCACCUGAUCGAGGACCUGUCUUAUGAGGAUGUGAAGAAAUGCUACAGAGGCUCGACUGUCAGCAAGUACAACUCCCAGUACCACAAGCUGUUCCCCGGAGUGCCCCCAGACGAGAUCCUCAUGAAAGUGUACUCAUGUGCCCUGCUCAGAGACAUCCUCCUACAGGGACGCCUCUACAUCUCCAGACACUGGCUCUGUUUCUACGCUAACCUCUUCGGCAAAGACAUCAAGGUGGCCAUCCCGGUGGUGUCUGUGAGGCUGGUGAAGAAGCACCGGACAGCAGGCCUGGUGCCCAACGGCCUGGCCAUCACCACGGACACGGGGCAGAAGUACGUGUUCGUGUCGCUGCUCUCCAGAGACAGUGUGUACGACGUGCUCCGGAGGAUCUGCACGCACCUACAGGUGAAUGGGAAGAGCCUGAGUCUGAAGCAGCUGAUGGAGGAGCCGGCCCUGUCCCUGGACGAGUUCCCAGCUGCAGACGAGUUCCCUGUGGUGGAUGAGUUUCCCUCGGUGUUGAAGUGGAGGAAAAGGCCGUCUGUAGUGACCGUGUCCUCCUCGCUCCCCGACCUGCUGGGCACCUCCACGGGCAGCCUCUCCUCCCCGGACGCCCCCUUCACCCCGGAGACGCCUCUGGAGGAGCGCCCCCUGCAGACGGACAGGAGCCUCUCGUCAGAACCAGGGGCCGAGCUGGGCCAGAUGGAGUACCAGCUGCUCAAGUUCUUCACCCUGCUGAUCAUUCUGCUCAUCCUGUCCUCCUGUUACCUGGCCUUCAGAGUGUGCAGUCUGGAGCAGCAGCUGUCCUUCCUCAGCAACCCCAACCUGCCCCUCCGAGACAGGUAACCAUGGCUGUCCUUCUCCACCCUGUGCUGCCCAGACUCAGCCCUGAGCAGCUUGAGCCACACAGGGACCUCCACCUCCUCCUCUUCCUCCUCCUCGUCCUCCUCCUCCUCCUCCAGGCUCGUCCAGGCGUCACUGAUCACUUGACUAUGCAAACAGACUGAGUGUGGAUGUUAGGUUAUGAAUGUGAGACAUAGCUAACCUUUGCAGUACUCGAUGUAGUCAGGAGUUACUGUGUUUGUGUUCCAUUUGUUUUCUUGUACAUUCACUUAAAGGUCCUAUAUUACACCAAAUGGAUUCUUGUGAGCUUUAAGACAGAGGACAGAGUUAGAAUGAUGUUACCUCCUCAAAAACAUACCUGGAGUUGUGUUUUUUUUUCAAUUAGUAGUAGUUUCUUCUGUUAUUUUGCAGGACUAGAUCUACAAACUACAACCCCAUGGAUCAUGACUGAAAAGGUUUAGGCUGAAGUCAAAAGUACUUACAUACAGUGUUGGGGAGUAACAGAUUAUAUGUGCCUGAGUUACGUAAUCAGAGUACAAAUUAUGAGUAACUGUAUUCAGUUUCAGUUACUGUUUCAGUGAGUGGUAAUUGGAUUAUAGUUACUUUGUUGAAAUAAAUGGAUUACACGGCGGUAUUUUCCUGUUUUCACAUUUUGGGCUAAACCAGAACUAAAACCAAGACUAAACCAGGACUAAACCAGAACUAAUCCAGGUCUAAAACAGGUCUAAACCAGGACUAAAACCAGGACUAAACCAGUUCUAAGCCAGGACUAAAUCAGGUCUAAACCAGGACUAAAUCAGGUCUAAACCAGGACUAAAUCAGGUCUAAAUAAUAUGACACUAACAGUAGGUGGACGUAUUUUAAGGCAGCAGUGAUCUCAUAUAAAAAUCAUUUCUCUAUCAAUAAUAUUUUUAAUUUGGUUAAGUAAAGACUGGACUUUUUAUUGUCUUUUAGCAGAUAAAACAUCUUAUGUUAAGAUUCUAGUCUUUGUUACUUUACAGCAAACAAAAGUCUGUUCAUGGAGACUUGGGCUCAACAGACAAUUUGAAGAGAACAAACAUGAAUUUUCAGGAUGUGGUUGUUACAUUCAUGUAGUUAAAAAAACAACAACAUGAUAAUAUCAAGUAAUCCAAAGUAUUCAGAUUACAUUACUCACUUUAAGUAAUUUAAUGGAUUCCAUGACAAACUACAUUUUGAGGUAUGUAAUCUGUAAUCUGUAGGGGAAUACAUUUGAAAAGUCACCUUCCCAACACUGCUUACAUGUAAUGCCUAACCCUGUUAAACGAUGACAGAAUUCCAAGAAAGAAAAGCAGCGUUUGAACAGCAAGUUUGCAUUUACAAUUUCAUGUACGACUUACUGUAAAUAUAAGAGACAAAAUAUAAAUUAAAACAAACUAAAUUUAAUGCAGACAUGUCAAUUUGGCUCGCGAUAUAAUUAUAUUUGACCCGUGAGAUCAUAUCAAAUCUGUAUUAGAGCUGCCCACCAGCUACAGAUAGACUAUAGAGACAUUAUUUAUUUAAAAUGUUGUUAUUAUUUUAUAUUAUACUUGUCCUGGAUUCAAUGUUUAAGCAAAACUAUUAUUAAACAUUUAUUUUAAUAAGAAAAGGUUUGACAUAUCUCGAAAAAAGAGAAAACAUCCAGAUGUUGUUGAAAUUUUUCAAUAAAUAUUUAGUUUGGCCCACGAAUUAAUCCCAGUUUUUAAUUUUGGCCUCUGAAUUUUGAGUUUGACACUCCUGAAUGAAUACAUAGAUCAUUCAUUCCAGAGCUCUAUAACUGUCUAAACAUAACGCUUUAUACUCUUUUUAAAGUGUUCAACUUUUUUCAAUCAUCACUCAGAAACAGAAAUACUAUCACUUUUUUCCCUUAGUUUUUAUAUUUUCAUUCACGCGUAUUGAAGGAAGUAUUUUAUUAUUAUCUGUCUUUAUCUCCAAAGUUCAAAAUACACUGUUCCACCUUGUGAUGUCAUGAAGUGCUAGUUUUCAAGUUAACAGCUCCUUUAUUAUCUUAAAUUUUGAUUCAGAGAUUGGCAAUUCCAGGGCGAAAAUAAUCCAAAUGACUCUAGUGAAGGUGUACGGAGUUUAAAAACACAGUGAAGCACCUUCUGUAUCACCACAUGACAUCACAAGGUGGAGAGUGUUUUCAGUUUUCACAACUCCAGGUGUGUUUGUGAUGAGGAAACUACAGUACAUUAAAACACAGAUGAGAAAACAGUGUAAUAUGGGCCCGUUAAGGUGAUUUUCUGAAGAAGCCAGGAUCCUGUGAGGAUUUACUUGAAGAAAGAUCUCAGAAAGACGGCUGAAAACGAAAACGAAGCAAUGCACUUUUCCAGAAAUGUGAUAUUAUUGAAAUGUAAAUGUUUUGGAUAUAUUUUGGUACUUUCUUUUGAAGGGAGACACUUGACGACGUGUGAGUGUUGGAGUUACUGCGAAUGGCGUCCUUAUGCAUUUGGUAUCAUGUAACUGAAAUGAUUAUAUAACGUGUUUGGUAUUAGUACUAACUCAGUGUUUAGUUUGUUUGCAUUUUGUAUGUUUUAGUCACCAAAGACUUUGAACUAGGCCUGUCACAAUAGCACAGAAGAGGAUGUGUUUGGACAGAAAAUGGAAUAACUAUAGUUUGGUUUUAUUUCUGCAAAAUCGUCAGUGUCCAGUGAGGUUCAGUCCUACUUCCUCGCGGCGGUAUCCCAGGUGUGCCAGAGUAAAAAACGCGAGAAGGAAACCACAAAGACAUGUGUACGAGCGACAAAACACAAAGCAGAACAGGAACAGCUCAAAUCGCUUAAAUUUCUUUCUAAUAAGAUGUUUUAUUAGGACAUUUAACAUCAAUAACCAGUGGAAUGACAUGGAAGAAGUAUUUGAUUUUGUUACUUAAGUAAAAGUACAGAUACCAGAGCAAAAUCAUGCUCAAAUAAAAGUAAAAAUUUCACAUGCUUAAGUAAAAGUAUUAAUGUACCGUAUUUUUCAGACUAUAAGUUGCACUUUUUUUCAUGGUUUGGGUGUUUCCUGCGACUUAAGGCCAAUUUACGGUCCAGUGUCAAAUCAUCUGCGUCAACCGACGUGCACCUCCGAAAUUUUCUAACUACGCUUUGAAACGACGCAGACGAUAAGGGCUGUGAUUGGUCCUCGCUACUGCCGCACCACAUACAUCUCCUGUACUCCGCUUUCCUUUCUUUCAAUAUAUACUGAGAAAUAAUGUGUUUAAUGCAGCUUUGUAAAUGUUUAAGUUCUACAGAAACAAACUUAAAAAUGCAUGGCUAACAUAAAGUAAGUGCUCAAAAAAACAGCUUGCUCCUUGUGUCGUUGAUGCGGUUCAGCUUCUGUCGGAGUAAAGGACACGACUCAGUGGAAUAUAUGUGUCACAGUUCUGCCUUUUGGUUACAUGUUUUCCCCAGUCCAGCUCCAUUUCCCAGUCUGUUCCGGUCCUACUUUUGCUACCUCCCUCCCUUUCCUACAGCUGCCUCUCAUUCCCCAAUCAGCCCAGGCUAGGUUAUAUAUAUUCCUUCAGCUCAUUCAGUCUUUGCCAGAUUGUCAACCUGUCAGGACAUACACUCAAGCUUUCCCUGAACCUCUGUAGCUCUGUACCCAGUUGUUUACAUUAGUGCAAUUCGACAAGGCGACAGCGGCAGUGCGCGUUGAGUCGACGCAGAACUAUACUUCACCCUUUAGACUCCGGUGCGACUUAUAUAUUCAAAUUUUCAGACUGACAGUCACAAGAGGCUCUAGUCUUGUGUAUCAGUUUUCUACGAGCGAGAAAUUUGUGAGGGACUGACAAAAAGCGAGGAUGGAGAACACAACUUCACGGCAACUGGGAGGGUGCACCAUGAAACUGGAUGAUAAAGCGUGGACUUCAGUGACAACUGAAGUUGCGCAGAGUUGCUCAGAAAUGACACUGAGCCUGAAAAAUUCAAUGGAUUUAGUGAUUUAUGCUCUAGUUAUCUGAAUAACUGUUCAUAUGUGACCUUAACAUAUUAACGCCGAUUCAGUCUGUUGUUCUCUGUUCUGUUCCAAAAAGUGCAACUUAUACUUAUACUUAUAGUCCAGUGCGACUUAUAUAUGUUUUUUCUUCUUCAUUAUACAUUUUUUUGGCUGGUGCGACUUAUACUCCGGAGUGACUUCCAGUCUGGAUAAUACGGUACUCGAUUUUGUUACGUUUUGUUAAGUAGAAGUACAGAUACCAGAACAAAAACAUACUCAAGUAAAAGUCAAAAUAUCACAUGAAAUAAUCUACUUAAGUAAAAAUAUUAAAGUCCAUGUUUUAAAAUGUAAUUUAAGAGUAAAAAGUAAAAGUAUUUCAUGCAGAUUUUGAGCUCUAAUAAAACUUCAAAUAUAGUGAUUUUCUUAAAGAUUUGUACAGAAUUUUGUGAAAUAGAAACAACUGAAUAGAUUUCUUCUGACCAGUGUAAAAGAGAGAAGCACAUUUUAGACUGGGACAGAGCAAACAUCAAGACACGUGCCGACGGGAUGAUAAACCAGGACGAAGGGGCAUUUUUUACUUUCACACACCUGGGAUUGUGUCCUGAGGAAGUGCGACUGCAGAUGGCGCUGUCGUCCUGCCUCCACUGGAAGCAAAACUUGUAUAAAUCAGCUGAGCAGCACGUCAUAGCGACAUCACGUGACUCCGAGAAAGAACGCUAGUGAGAAGUCCAAACUGUCAGGUAUGAAAACAAACUCUAGAACCUAAAACGUCAGUGAUAAUCCCAGUACAUGACCCUCGUAUUGAUACUUUGCAGCAACAUCACACUGGAGGGUACCGCGUGGACGUCUAUGGAUGGACGUUCAGCAGUAAGGACGGUACAAGAUCUCUUCUCGUGAGACAAAAUUGACGCAAGAGAAAAAUGAUCUCGUAAGCGUUUACAUUUGGAUUGGAAAGAAAAAAAUGAGUACGUGUCUCUUUAACCGUUCCAAAAAACAGAACUAAAAUGGAAACAAAAUCAUAUUAAAUCAAAUAAAUAAAGAAUUAUGAGGUCAAAAUUAAACACAAUCGUGAAAUUUAUGUAUUAGAAUUUAUCUUAAAAUCUCGUCUUGUCUUGUUUUCGUGGACCCAAUCUUGUACCUCGUCUCGUCUUGUGGAAAUCUAGAAAGUUUUUAGCCUGAUAGAUCGUCCGAAAACUUAAGAAAAAUACAAAAUGCUCUCUAGUUUGUGGCUUUAUUUUAUUUUUUUGGAAAGGUACAGCUCAAAUCAUCUCGUCCGUUGUAAGUUCGAGCUUUGGACGGUUCUUUCUUGUCCGAUAACAGCUCAACAAAGUCUAGACAGAGCGUGCCUCCAGUUAGCGUCACACCUCAGGAAAUAUUCAUGACGUCAUCUGCAAAGUAUCAACAGAUUUUAAAUAUUCUUGACCUACAGAAAGUCGCGAUGUCAUCUGAAAUUGAGCAAUACACUUAAACGUGAACACAAUUCCUCCUUAAACCUUAAAAAGUCUUGUAAAAUACUCCUCGCAUGUUUUAGCCGCCGGAAUGAGUCGCGUUUCUUUGCCCGUAACGUUUGUCCGUGUUGUAAUCAUUGUGACAGGCCUACUCUGAUACAUGAUGUCAGUGUACAGGUUACUUCAAGUACACGAAUGAGAUGUAACUACUUUGUUGUACUAUAACUAUACAUGAGUGUAAAUAAGACGAAAUCCUGCCAUAAUGA